AUGGCGAUGCCGCUCCCCGUCGCGGCCGCGACGCCGUGCGCGACGGCGACGGCGACGACGCGCGCGACCCGCGGCGGAUCGGGACCGCGCGCGUUCGCGCGCGAUCGAUCGCGAAGAGCGAUCGCCCCAUCAUCAUCGCUCGUCCUCCGCGUGACUCGACGAUCGGCGACGGCGGCGGCGGCGGCGGCGAACGGCGACGCCGCCCCGCGACGCGUCGACAUCUACGACACGACGCUGCGCGACGGCUCGCAGCAGGCGCGUCCGACGAACCCCCCCCCCCCGCCGCCGCGAACGAGCGAACGCGUCCACAUCGUCUCCGUCGUCGCGUCGAUUCGAACCCCUGGCAUCGAAUCAGAGUCGCGCGCAUCCCUAACAGAACGAAUGACCGACGGACUCACGCGCUCACCCCCAACCCCCCCCCGCGCGCGCGCGCGAACGCUCCAGGUCGGGAUCUCGCUGACGUGCGACGACAAGCUCGAGGUCGCGUCGCACCUCGUCUCGCUCGGGGUGAGUCACAUCGAGGGCGGCUACCCUGGGUCGAACCCGAAGGAUGUCGAGUUUUUCAACAGGUGGGAUUCCAGCGGCCUCGCGAAAGCGGCGGAGGCGCGCGGCACGAAGCUCUGCGCGUUCGGGAUGACGCGCCGCAAGGGCGUGGAGGCGAAAGACGACGAGGGUUUGAACGCGCUCGUGCGCUGUGUCGCGCCGUGCGCGUGCAUCGUCGCGAAGGCUUGGGACGAGCAGUGCGAGCGGGUGCUGGGCGUGAGCGGCGAGGAGAAUUUGGCGAUGAUCACGGACUCGGUGUCGUACCUCGUCGAACGAGGGAAAGAGGUUCUGGUCGACUGCGAGCACUUCUACGACGGCCACGCCGCGAACGGCGAGUUCGCGAUGCGAUGCGCGGUCGCCGCCGCGGAGGCGGGCGCGACGCACGUGGUCUUGUGCGACACCAACGGCGGGACGUUGCCGUGGGUCGUGGAGGAGAAGACGCGCGCCGUCGUCGACGCGUUGAAAAAGUCCUCCAAUCCGAGCUGCCGCGUCGGCGUGCACACGCACAACGACACCGCGCUCGCGGUCGCGAACUCGCUCGCGGGCGUCAGAGGCGGCGCGUCGAUGGUGCAAGGGUGCGUCAACGGCUACGGCGAGCGCACCGGCAACGCGGACGUCUUGGUCGUCGCCGCCAACCUAGAGCUGAAGAUGGGCGUGACGGCGCUCCCGCCCGGCGGCGUCGCGAAGCUGACCGCGACGGCGGCGGCGGUGGCCAAGGCGUGCAAGCAGCCGCUGGAGGCGAGGCAGCCCUACGUCGGCUCGAGCGCGUUCGCGCACAAGGGCGGCCUCCACGUCGCCGCGCUCGCGAAGAUGCCGAGCUCGUACAACCACGUCGUCCCGGGGACGGUGGGCAACGCCGCGCGGUCGGUCGUCUCCGAACUCUCCGGCCGCGGCAACGUGCUCUCCGCGGCGGUGGCCGCCGGCCGCGAAGUGAGCAAAGACACAGCGGGGAUCGUCCUCGCGCAGAUCAAGGAGCUCGAGAGCAAAGGGUUCGUGCUGGAAGACGCGGGGGCGUCGGUGGACAUCUUGUUUCAGCGCGCGGCCGCGGGGUACAGAGCGCCGUUCAACGUCCUCGAGUUUAACGUCUCGGCGUCGAACAACGCGUUCGGGGGCGUCGUCACCGCGGAGGGAAUGGAGGACGCGAAAGAUUUAGAUUUCGUCGACGACGAUUUCGCGCCUGACGACGAGGACGAGGACGCGGCGUGGAGAGCGACGUCGCUUCGACGCGAGAGCGGGUACAAGCGAGGCACCGUGAGCGUGAACCAGGUGGUCGUCAAGGUGGAGCUCUUGGAGUACGACGACGACGACGACGCGACGGCCGACUCGAAGCCGUCGGCCGCGAAGGCGAUCCGAUCGAGCCGGCGCCGGACCAAGUUGUGCGUCGCCGAGGGCAACGGCCCGGUGAACGCGCUCGCGAACGCGCUUCAGCUCGCGCUCAACGAGCGCUUCCCGCAGCUCAAGCGCAUUCAUCUCGUGGAUUACCAAGUCGAUCUGCUCUCCUCCGAGGGAACGUCCGCGGCGGUGACGCGCGUCACGAUGGAUUUCGUGGACCGCGGCGGCGGCGGGACGUGGCGAACCGUGGGCGCGCACGCGAGCAUCAUCGAGGCGAGCUUCAGGGCGCUGGUGGACGGGAUGGAGUACGGGAUCGCGCAGUGCGGCGCGGACGGGUGCGUCGUGGGAGAAGUGGGAGUAGAGGCGCGGGAGGGGGCGCCGGAGACGACCGCGCGGUGAGCGGAGAGGAGGAGGAGGCGAGAGGAGGGAGCCUUGCUGCUUUUUUGAUCAUCACAACUACCGACGGCCGAAGCGCCGGAGGCGCUGAUCAUCACUGCAGUGCUGAUGUCAUGAAAAGAUUGCAAU